CCUCCCCAGGCGGGGGUGGGCCCGAGCCCGCGACCCGCCUCUCCCGUCCGGAGCUCGUUACGGCGCCGCGGGACAGCCAUGCCGGGUCGUCUGCUGCAGGGCCUGUGGCAGCGGUGGCGCCGUUACAAGUACCGCUUUGUACCUUGGAUCGCGCUGAACCUAAGCCAUAACCCAAGGACCCUCCGAUAUGUUCCAGAGGAAUCCAAAGACAAAGUUAUCUCAGAUGAAGAUGUCCUAGGAGCAUUACUGAAAGUUUUCCAGUCUCUAUUCAUAAAUGAUUUAAAUAAACAGUCAGAUAUCUUGACUAUGCUUCCAGAACCUGUUAAAUCAAAAUAUCAAGACCUACUGUCAGUUCAACGUCCAAAGGUGGAACUGCUUGAAUAUAGACAUCAACAGCAAAAUAUCUUUAAACCAGAAGAAAUUCUUUAUAAGACACUGGGUUUCAGUGUUGCCCGAGCAACUAGCUCAUUGAUUUCUGCUGGAAGAGGUGUCUUCAUUACUAAAGGAUUGGUACCAAAAGGCACGGUUGUAUCUAUGUAUCCUGGUACAGUAUAUCAGAAGUAUGAGCCAAUCUUUUUCCAGUCCAUUGGAAAUCCAUUUAUUUUUAGAUGCCUGGAUGGGGUACUCAUUGAUGGAAAUGACAAAGGAAUAUCAAAAGUUGUGUACAGAUCUUGCAAUGGGAGGGAUCAACUUGGCCCUUUAAAAAUGAGUGAUAGUACAUGGCUAACAUCAGAAAUUCAUAAUCCACUGGCUGUAGGACAGUAUGUCAACAAUUGCUCAAAUGAUAGAGCAGCUAAUGUCUGUUAUCAGGAAUUUGAUGUGCCUGAAGUUUUCCCUUUAGAACUGAAGCAGUAUCUUCCAAACAUUGCCUACAGCUGUGACAGACAAAGCGCACUUCGAUGUGUUGUUCUUGUCGCACUCAGGGACAUUGAACAAGGAGAAGAGCUUUUUUCUAACUACUAUACAAUCGUCGGCUAACUCUGAAUUACAGAUCCUGAGAAACCAGAGGGGUUCGUCUUGUAAGAAAGCCAACCUACUUGAUCGAGAAGAUCCUGUCACCCAGAACUUCAUGUGAAAUAGAGAAACUAGCUCCUAUGGACAUAUUAGAUGGGCUGAAGUACUUAUGAUUGAAGUUUUGCAAUGUCAAUAACAUUUUUAAAAUAGUUCAGAAAAAAUGCAUAUUGUAUAGAAAGAGAUCAAAUAUGGUAAAAUGUUAAUUGUUCAAGCUGGCUGUUCUUUAUACCAUUCUUUUCAUUUUUGUUUUAAAUAUUUUAAAAGUUGGGAAAGUCACCAUAAGCUUAAGAGUAAUGUAGGUCAUCAAACAUUUAGACAAUACCUACAAUGUGAAGGCUCCUUGGAGACUGAAAGAAUAAAACAUGAUUCUUUCUCUCAUAAAAUGCUCACAGUGGGAGUAUAAAACUUGCAUAGUAUCAAGACUUAGUCUGCAUCAGAGAGGUGAAGGAUUUUUCUUUACAAUAAAACUGCUAUUUUUAAAAAGAACCUAUUUUUCUUAGUUUUUUUCAAUUUAUAAAUAGCUGAUUUCUGACAUGCUUAUGAAAUGCUUUUAUGAAUUCUAAACCAGAAAACAAUUUAGUGGUAGUAUUUCAUUUACCUCUGUAAAAAGUCAUCUCAAAAUUGAGGUACACAACAGAGUAUGUCUCUGAAGAGAAUGUCACUAGAGAAUUAAACCUAGAAAAACGUGAAGCAUUCCUAGCCAAGGACCACAAUGCAGUGCCCCUGGGCACUGUUUUGUCAGAGAACCCCUUCAGACAUGGACCCGAGAGUAAGGAUCACUUACCUGGAAAGGGCAUGGUAAACAGUGCUAUGUCUCAGAGAGCGAGUUUAAAUUAAAAUUAAAGUGUAUAUAAUGAAAUGCCCAAUUUACAGAUGUCAUGAAGCCUUUGAGAAGUAGACAAGCAGCAGGUACAAAAAGCAUACCAAUGGAAAUGAUAGCCAAAACGGAUAGUCUAGAAAUCCCAAGAGGUGCAAAUUAUUCUGCUCCCACAAGGCCCUCCUCCCUCCCCAAAAGCAUGAAACACUAGGUAGCUCUCAGAUGGCACUUGGGCCACACCCUUGGCUGUAUUCAGAACACUGGUGCUUGUCCUCACUUUGAAGACACUUCCAUCUAUGUGUCCACUGGAGUCCUGCACAUUAAAGCUCUUUGGUGUCUGUGAAUGAAGGAAUGUAGUUUUAGACAAGGAACCAAAGCACAGUAGUCAAGGUGUUUGCUCCCAUUUUAUCCUCUUAUUCUUGUACAAAAUCUGGACAUUAUGUGCAAUCUGAUCACUGCAUACUGAGAAUGGAACUACAGAGGAAGUUCUGACCAGAGCAAAUGAAAUAUGGGAACAAACAUGAAAUCGGGCUAAGAUGAGAUCUUUAACUUCAAAAGACAGAAGCUCAGGGAAGAUAUUUCUGGAA